CGGAGCUGGAGGCGGCCGGACGCGGAGAGGAGCGCGGAGCCCCGGAGGCGCCCUGGGUCCCUGCCGGACCGUGUGACUGUCUAGAUCCCGGCUGCGCUGCAAGGACGAGGACCUGACUCUUUUGAAUCUCCCGGCGUCUGCGCGAGAGGGGCAACUCUGGGUAUUUUUUAACACAACUCGUGGAUUCGAACGUGGCUCCUCCACUCCGAGCGCGGCGGGCGACUUGGAGGACCCCAGCCCUGGCCGCGGCCGCCGCGCUCGCCCUCGGAAGACUCGGCGGGCUUAGAGCGCGGGGAUCUCCGCGUGCGCCGCGGCUGGGCAGAGGCUGUUUUGGAGGAGGUUGUCCGGAGAACCAAUUUGGGAUUUGCUGUGAACAGCAUGGAGGAGAAUGACCCCAAGCCCAGCGAAGCGGCGGCGGUGGAGGGGCAGCGGCAGCCGGAAUCCAGCCCCAGCGGUGGCUCAGGCGGCGGCGGCAGCCCCGGCGACGCGGACACGGGGCGCCGGCGCGCUCUGAUGCUGCCCGCGGUCCUGCAGGCGCCAGGCAACCACCAGCACCCGCACCGCAUCACUAACUUCUUCAUCGACAACAUCCUGCGGCCCGAGUUCGGCCGGCGAAAGGACGUGGGGACGUGCUGUGCGGGCGCGGGAGGAGGAAGAGGCGGUGGCGAAGGCGGCGCGGGCGGUGCCGAGGGAGGUGGCGGCGCGGGCGGCGCCGAGCAGCAACUCUUGGGGUCGGGCGCCAGGGAGCCCCGGCAGAAUCCGCCCUGUGCGCCUGGCGCGGGCGUGCAGCUGCCCGCCGGUGGCGGCGACUCUUCGGGCGACGGGGAAGGCGGGUCUAAGACGCUCUCGCUGCACGGCGGCGCCAAGAAAGGCAGCGACCCCGGGGGCCCCCUGGACGGGGCGCUCAAGGCCCGCGGCUUGGGCGGCGGCGACCUGUCGGUGAGCUCGGACUCGGACAGCUCGCAGGCCAGCGCCAACCUGGGCGCGCAGCCCAUGCUCUGGCCGGCCUGGGUGUACUGUACGCGCUACUCGGACCGGCCUUCUUCAGGUCCCAGGUCUCGCAAACCAAAGAAGAAGAACCCCAACAAAGAGGACAAGCGGCCCCGCACGGCCUUCACCGCCGAGCAGCUGCAGAGGCUCAAGGCCGAGUUCCAGACCAACAGGUACCUGACCGAGCAGCGGCGCCAGAGCCUGGCGCAGGAGCUCAGCCUCAACGAGUCUCAGAUCAAGAUCUGGUUCCAGAACAAGCGCGCCAAGAUCAAGAAGGCCACGGGCAACAAGAACACGCUAGCCGUGCACCUCAUGGCGCAGGGCCUGUACAACCACUCCACCACCGCCAAGGAGGGCAAGUCGGACAGCGAGUAGAGUGGCGGGUGGGCCCCGGGUCCGGCCUCAGCCGCGCCGAACAAUGCAAUAAUUUAAAAUCACGCGAAAGGGCCAGUGUAUACAGAUUAUACCAGCAUUCAUAGUGACGAUAUCGUGUAUUAGCUAUGGUUCUGCAAUAUUCUAUGUAUAUAUAAUUUACAGGUGGUAUAAAAAUCCAAAAAUCUGACUAUAAAAUAUUUUUUGAGUUUUUUUGUGUUUAUAAGAUUAUGCUAAUUUUAUGGUUUUUCUUUUGUUUUUUUUUUUCAAAGUGGGCUGCUUAGGGUUUCGUCUUUUUUUUAAAAUCCCCUAAGCGCCAUUAUAGGACGUCGGACACUUUUUUUUAUUAUUAUUAUUAUUAUUUCAAAAGAAGAAAAAAAUUAAAACAACUUGCUGAAGUCCAAAGAUUUUUUAUUGCUGCAUUUCACAUGACUGUGAACCGAAUAAAUAGCUCCUAUUUGGUCUAUGAGUUCUGCCACUUUGUUUGUGUUGGCUUGGUGAGGACAGCAGGAGGCCCCCACCCUCCAGACUCAGCCAGCCUGGGCCCCCCCCCAGAGCAUGGGCCCAAGUUGUCCAGACCUUCAGGAGCAUAGGGGACCUGGCGGGAGAAGGGCCCCCCUGGGUCCUUGGACCAGUUCUGGGCUGGGCCAUUGGAAGCCCCGGGCCUGCCUGGGAAGCUCAUCCCACACUGGCUCAGCCGGGCUGCAACCUCGCCCCGGCUUCCUCCUCUAGCCUGCUGCACCCUUGCUCCCUCUUCCUCCUCUCCGAGGCCAUGCUUGCAUGCGUCCGUCCGUCUAUCCGUGUCAGUGUCUCUGUCCCCAGCCCAGCCUGAGUUGCCCACGCCACCCUCUCGCCCCGGGCACUGCCUCUGCAGGCUGCAGGGCUAGGGCUCGGGCUCGGGAACCAGGGCCUGGGUGUGUGGCCUGCAGCCACCAGCAGCGGAGCGACCCUCCUCUCCCUGGCCUGGCCCGGAAUCCCCCGCUGCUCCCUCCGCCGGGCACCAGCCAGGGCCCCGCAUGGGACCAAGAUCUGCCGCCUCUGGGCGGGCAGAGGGCUCUUGCCAUCGUCUGACUUUCCUUUUCUUUUUCUUCCCUAUUUUUUCUUUUUCUUUUUUCUUAAAUUUUUUCGGAGUGGCCGCUUCUGCUAUAGAGAACGUUCUUCCAAGAUUAAUCUGUGUGUGUGUGUGUAUGCAUAUGUAUGUAGGCGUGUAUACGCAGGCACACACGGUCAGGCGUGUAUGGGUCCACAGUUUUGGAACACGUGGCUACGUUGAAUUUCAAAGGAACUCAGAAUCCUCCAGGAUCUAAAGGAAGGAAGAAAACGUGUAAAUACUCAUUUCUUAUCGCUUUUUGUCUUUUCUUGUUUUUUUUUUUAAAUAUACAUUUUAUUUUUUGAAGGUGUGGUACAGUGUAAAUUAAAUAUAUUCAAUAUAUUCCCCACCAAGUACAUAUAUAUAAAAACGAACACAUUAUAUAUAUAUAACUCCACACUGUCUUCUGUUUCGUGUACAGGAAAGACAUGUCCAAAUGUCCAUCUGUGGCCGGGGCAGCCCCCGGGUGCCCGUGGCUGAGCUGGGAGUCAGGGCUGUCUCCCUGAGGACUGAGGGUGAACUUCUCUCUUUGCCUUAAACCUCUUUAUUUCACUGCGAUAGUACUUUUACUUUGUACAUAAUAGUAUAAACCUUUUUAAAAAGGAAACUAUAAAAACAAAAGUUGUAAUUUAAAAGUCUGUGAAUAACCAUCUGCUGCUUAGGAAACUCCAUGAAAUGACAUGCCUUUUUAGCAGGAAGAAAAGUUGGGUUUUUUUUGUUUGUUUGUUUAUAAAACGUGCAUUUUGCAGUUCCAGUAUCAAAUAUUUAUCUUAUGAGAAAUGAAUGAAUGUUCCUAUUUACAACUGUGGCUAUCAAAAUUGUGAACAUUUCCCCACCCCUGCAUUUUUGUGUGUUUAAAUUCUUGAAAGUUACAUGAAAUAAAAAAACAAAACCACCACUUUAUUAUAAAAUAUUGGAGGUCUAAGGUGGAAUGACUAGCUUUUCCAAGCGUGUUUCUGGGUCCAGCGGGACAGCCCGGGGCUUCCUUCCCCACGUCCAGGCGCUGGCAUGGCGGCCUUUGCCCUGCGUGGGACCAGGUGCCAGCACCUGCCUUUGCAGCAAGAGGCAGAUGAGUAUUAUUAUGUUUUAAAGACAGUUUGGGUAUCUCGCAUGUGAGCGCGGACCAACUAAAAUAAUUUAAGUCCAUAUUUCUUUACCAGGAGGAAGUGUCCAAAAAUAUAGUGCUAUUCCACUGACUAAAUUUUUUUUAAACUUGCAAAGUUCAACAGGUCUCCCUCCCUCUCGCUGCUCACCGGCUCUGCUCAUGGGCGCUGGGUCGCUGGGCUUUCUCACUUGGGGAGGAACUUCUACUCCACUCUGGACAAAGAGACUCUCCUUUUUAAAGUGGCGUUUU